GCGCGCUGACAAGAAGAGAAAACUGCAGUCGCCGUUCACACACAACACAGUUCCCAGGCUGCAGAUGAAUGCCGAUAAAACUGGCCCUCUGCACCCCUGCAUAGCAUGUAGACUUGUCCCGCUAUGUGCUCAGUGACGAAAGCCACAGGCCGAUGUUAAUUCUGAAUGCUCUGCACCCACACGCAGAUCUGCUGGCGUUAAGACUUGAGUAGUCGCUACAGCCGAGGCAGUUUUUCUCCACUGCAGAGAACGCGAAUUUCAUGGCUUGACUUAGCCUCACUGGAAAAGUGUACCCCUAACACACAUGCAGAGGAGAGAUUUCAGUGAAACCCAGGUUACGUCACUGUCUCAGUUACCACAUCAAAGUGAGAGAACUCGAAGAUUUCGACGGCACAAAGACGAACAGUUCCUAUUCCGUUCCAGUAGAUACUCUCAUCAACAAGGGGAAAGCCCAGAGCCUUGUUCAGGACUGAAAAACGCGUCUCAGACUUUGCCGCGCGUUCUCUGCCUCUGUUUCGCAAAAAGAAAACAGCUCGAAACUCAAGAGACACUUCGGAAGCAUGCGCUUGCGAGCAAACACUGAGAGUCUCGGACAGCACCGACGCCGUUUACGAAAUUCGAAAUCCCAUGAGGACAAACAGCAAGGACUUCUCUGUUAGAUCUACGUCGGCGCUCUCCCUUAGAGUAAGCGGUCACUGCGGCCUUCCUCAAGCUCGUCGAAGGAACGGUGUUCCUCAUGUACACUGGAAACGCGAUACGCUGAGUACUUGCCGUCAAAACUCUAGUUGGGUGUCCUCGAAACGCUACUCCUGCACGUUGCUCGUAUACUGAGGUCUUCGAGGGGGGGCGGGGUGGGGAGGCGAGCUCGGGAGAACGAGUUCAAGAAAUGCAACGAAAGGUCCACUCAGUCCAAGGAGAGCAGUCCAGCACAGCACCUUCUUCCUGUGACGUGAAUGCAGGUAGCGGUUCACACUGGUUCUCUGAAACUGCACCUGUUUAUAAGCAUCUGUCUCUUUGGAAAAAUCUGUUUCUCGAGGCCGAAUCCUGGACCUCAGAGAUCUUGAGGUGUAAGAGUGGUUUGCGAUUCCGAGCAACUCUUUUGUCGGAAAGUCUGCGUCUCCAGCAAUGGCAGUCCAGGCGCAGUUCUUCUGGCUGAGAAGGAGCUUCUUGCCUGUGUCUUUCUCAAAACUGGAGGAGCCCUAUGUUUUUCAGGAUGGGAGAUGCCGCAUACUGCCAAGAUUCCGGAAGAACGUCUUGUCUGUACCUUCCAUAAAGUCAUAUUCAGGUCUCUUGGUACGAAACUGUCCGGUUUCCUCGAUUUGCGUCACCUCAUCGUAGACAGAAAAGAACACUGAAUACGAUGGGGCGGUCCGGAGAACGCUACAAAACACGCUGCACGCACGGAGAGAGCUUUCUCUGCACAGUGUCGAAGGGGGAUUUACCUUCUCUGCGUUUCCCGUUGCUGGAUCUCGACGACUCGGGGCAAGCGCGGCAAACAGCUCGGUCUUGUUUUUUUUCAACGGGCGGCGAAGAAGCCCUGUGACCCAUGACGGGUUUGCCGUGGUUCUUCGGGGGUGACGCAGUGAAAUCUCAAAUACACCUGGCUUUCUCUGUGUGAACUUCAGCGGGAAGCAACCACGAAACACUUGUGUUUACCCUAGACAACGUAGAAGAGCAGUCUGCGCGUCUACGAAAGUCUCCACUCGCUCUAACCCCCCCCCAGAGUUCGCGUGUCAGAAAGAAGACGAAGGCUCGAGGGUCUACGAAGGAACUUGGGGAGUUCAUGAGGUUUUCUUUCGACAUGAAUAGUAAGCCUAAGUUCCGACUUGGGCGACAAUUCUUGUCCGGACUCGCUAGAACUUGCCGUCCAGGACCUUGAGUUUCAGCCUGGCACACCCCACGAAAAAAGCCUGCGGGACACGACGCAGUGACAGCUUUCUCGAUUUUUUUCGUCGAGAAACCGUUCCUUUCGUUUCGCAGCUUUGCGCGCCGGCAACUUGCACGCAAGAAAAGCGUAAAAUAUGAUUUUUUCGGUCUCCAACAGGGCGCGAAUUGACCCCAGCCCCGUGUCGCACCGCGACCUUCCUCCCGCAUUGACCCUCUGCUUCGUGUGUCUCUUCUUCCAGCGUCGGAAGAACACUGGGAGAGAGCUUUCCGCCGAAGCCGCGAGAGUCUUGCGGCUUUUUAAGAGUAUCUGACUUUCUUCUCGAGUCCUCUUCACCCGCGCUUCUCUUUGAUUCAUCGCGACACCGUGGCGCCGUAGCAGCCGUCGUCCUUUCCCCUCCUCCUGUCCUCAACUCCUGGCGACAAAGAAGAUCGAGAGCUCGUCGGCAGAGGAUGGAGGCGUUCCGAAGGAGUUCCUUUCUCGCGUUCGUUCCCGGACGAGAAAGACACGAAAACGCACUCUGCUCUAACGAAGGAGGUGCGUUUUUGCCUCCUCAAUCCACAGCGCUGCAGGCCGUCCGACGAUGACUGGACACACUCGCCGGCUGUCGCCGCGGGUUUCCGGUCAUUUUUCAUGAAAUUUUCUACUUCCACUUCUGCCUGUUUCUUUUCUUCUCAACGACGAAGCAUCUGUGCCCUCACUCCAGCAGCCUGUGUUUUCUUUGAACGAAACUGUCUGGCUCUGCGAAGAAACAACGUCAGAGAGAGAUGGUCUGACUGCUGCUGCGCUCCGGUCGUUCUCGCCGCCUCUCUGGGGUGUACGGUUUACAUGGAAAACGAGUAGAGAAAGCACUUUUUCUCGACUGCCGGUCUUCCUAUCUUCUCUGUUGUUUCGCUCGAACGCUUCUCCAAACCGCGCGUUCCGCAAGACACAGUCUCCCGCCGUCCAGCUUCCUUGUCUCUUUUCGUUCUUUGUCACGGGCACAACCGCUUCACCCUUUUGUCUUUCUCCUUACAAACCCAGCUCGUACCCCAGACCAGUUUCCGUUCGCCACGGUCUCGUCGACCGGACAUCCGUCUGCCAACGCCAGUCGAUCUGAUCUCCACUGUUUAUCGUGUCGACCUGUCAAACAGGCGAUCUCUCGCUCUUCGUCUCUCUACGGCUCUCUGUCUCUCCUUGCCUUCGUAUCUGUGUCUAUCUAUAUCUCUGCCAACCGGUCUAUCGAUAUACGAGACUUUUUCUUUAUAUAUCAACGGAUCUAUAUCUCUGUCUGUGUCUCUCCACCUGCAUCGCUUUGCUUUCUUCUCGGAAAAGAGAAGCUGAGUCUGGCAACGUUCAAAAGGCUCGGGGUUUGACGUUCGGCGGAUCUCUCGUCUCUCCGUUUCGCGGGGAGAAAACGCGUUGAAACCGAUUCCGUCGCAGCGGCGCAUGUCCACGAAACUCGCAGAGUUGUGGUUCAUCUGUGAAGUCCACUUGGAGAGAACAGCUCCUCCACCCGCAGACCGCAGACAGAAGAGAAGCAGACGUUUUCAACAUGCGUGAGUCGGUUCUGCGCCACAAAGUUCCAACUCCUAACUCCGCAAGACGACCCGGGCAGAAGAUUAGCUGUACUUGCACUGCGGUGAACAACGUUCAUCGCCGCUCCGCGUUCUCCAUGUUCGCAGCGCCGGCUGCUUCUGUUUACGGAUGACUGUUCAACGUCUGUGCGCCAGUCUGCGCGGAUUCGGAAGGCGUUUUCCCCAGAGCGACGGUUCCAGCGCGCCAACCGGGAGGGAAGCUCUGGCGUCCUCUUCGUCUCUUGUCUGUCAAACAGACGACCCACAAUGUCUCGUUUUCCAAAGUCCUGCCCUCAGAAACGAGGUAGCUUUCCUUCCAGUCUCCGUCCUUCACUUGCUGAGUCGUUGCCGCUGCUGCGUAGGCUGCGAACCUCGUUUCUUGCAACAGCGCGACUGGCCAAGACAACUCCUCCGGCGCUCUCUUUUCCUCCUUUUUUUCUUCGAGACUUCGAGUCUGCGCGACGCCUAACCGAGUCCUGUCUGCCAUCUACCUCCUGGAAAGAGAAAGCGCUGGUUCUCGCGAACCCUCCACAAGGCACCCAGUUUCUCCACACCCCUAUCUCCUGCUCUCCUUUGCCCCCGGCUGUCUGCAUGGGGUAUCUUGUCUCGGAGAGAUCGGUGGGCGAGCGACCGUUUCCGGUUCUUCGGACGUAGACACUUAUCUCCUUUUUUUCUGCGUCCUCUGCGUCGAAAGCCUUCACGAUGCAGCGCCUCCACGCGACAGUGCCCUGCCGACCGCUGGCGCGUCCGCGCUUUGCUUCCGCCUGUGGGCGGUCGCAGCUCCAUGCGGUCGCCUGGCACGGCGCCUCGCCGAGAGAGCGGAGCGGCUGCGCGCGAGUGCGGCAUGGAGACGACGAAAGAGUUCGCUUCGACACACUUACAGAAGAGCGCGGCUCUGGACGGCGUCUCUUCUCUGAGGUUUUUUCAACGCCGAGAUCGACGGCCGUUCUCACUGCCUGCCUCGUCCCUGCCCGACCUAACGGAGACAGCGUGUCUCGGCUCCAGGCUCUUCGGGCCUUCUCGAGUGCGCGGCGCGCGACCGUGCAGUCGAGAAACGCGCGAGAGGACUUUCUCCGGACAAAUCGAAUGGGUCUGGAGCCUCGGAAAGGCUGUCUGAAAGCUCUGGGAGAGCGCGAACAACUCGACCUCGCGUUCGAGGACGACGCCUCCUUUCAAGAACUUCGCGACAUGUGGAUAGACCACAGAAGCCUGGACGCCGACGCAGGAGCCUCCGCUGCCGCAGAACUCCACACGGACCAGGCGUCAGCUGGCGACGGCUGUGCUUCCGAUCAAACAGCCACAGGUGGCGACAGGCAGGGAGAGUCUGCGGCGCGUUUUCCUCUAGUUCGAGGUUCCGGGGUCGAAGCCGGUCGAGGCCGAGAUCGCGUGAGCGGACUGAGUUCGCCGGCGCCGCGUCUGCAAGUGAUCGAACGCGUCCGACGCCUCGUCGCAGAGGCGCCUGAGCGCCUGUGCGCUUCGACGCCUCCUGCGGGGGAGACAGACGCGCGAGCGGCGUUUGGAGAGCCGUUCGUGGAGUCGUCGUUCAGAGAAGCCUUCGCCGUCGAUUCGUACGACACAACGCAGGAGACGAAUUUUUCGUCGGGGAGCACUGGGGCGUGGCGGUGCGAGUGGAUGGAGACGAACGACUUUGUUUGCCAGUUCGCGACGCGGAUGACUGCGAAGGAGAUCCUCAGCCUCCUCGCCCUCUACGCGAAGCUGAAGGCUUUGAAGCCUCCCGAUGGGUCUGCAGUUUCCGCGGCGAGUCUGCAGAACGUGACGGAGGCGAAGCGCGCGCUGUACGCCCUCACUCAGGCCCUGCUGCGGCACUCGUCCCCAGAGCCUGCUCAGACGCAGACUCCCGGGCGACUGGCGCUUCCGAUUCUUCUGGAAAGCCUCACGUCUACGCAACUCGUGAUGCUUCUGCGUCACCUGGUUGUCCUCGAGUUCCACCACCAACUGCUGCUUCUGCAUGUCUUCCACUUGCUUCCCAGACGCCUCCUGCUGCUCGCGCAAGAGGCGAGAGAACGCGACGCGCGCCAGAAGGGUGAGCCGCCCCCGCCAUUCCCCGACCUCGCUCUCAGCGCCGGUCGCUCUGGACCGACGUUUCCUGCGCCGGGGCGCAGCGAAGGGUGUCCUCGCGACGCGGUCAAGGAGAUGAGCAACAGGCAGCAGAACGAGAUCAGGAGUCUCGCCUCCUUCAUUCCGUGGCAGAGCCCGGUGGCUUUCGCGGCGUAUGGCGCCCAAGACGUCUCUCUCGAGGCCAUGAAGAACUGCGACCCAUCCCGGAGAAAGGAGGCGCUCCACAUGGUUGCUUUGACGUUUCUGGGCGGGAGCGUCGCGGAGCUUGCGCGGACAUGCCCCUCCCUCUCUCUCUGGAGCAACGAAAAUACGCGUACUCUCGUCGCAAUCAUCGAACAGCUCACUCUUCUCAACAUCCACGAAACGUCGCCCGUGCAGCUCACCGUCUUGGCGACGUCGGUGUGUGGUCUCCAUACGGCGACGAUUCGCUUCUUGAACGCGUUGGCGCGUCGAGCCUCGGAGCUGAUCAACGAGUUUUCGUUCUCCCAACUGACGCUCGUCGCCAACGCUCUCGCGCGGCUCCACUUCGCUCACGGCAGUCUGGUGAAGAAGGUCGAGGCGGCGACGACUGCUCUCAAGAGACCCGCAGUUGGUGGGUCCGCCGCGCCGGGCGCCGGCCGACAGCUCCCGGCCGUCAGAGGCAAAAUCGUCGCUGGAGGCGAGUUCUCAGCGGGUGCCUCUGGCCCCCAAAAGCGCGAGCCAGGCGAACAAGCAGACCGGGUCGAAGGUGCGAACGCGUUUGCGGAGUUGGUCGCCGACUGCGAUCCGCGAGGCCUCCGCAGCCUCUGGUACAAGGUCGCGUUGCGCGCGGCCUCGGCGCUGCCCAAGACUGUCUGGAGGCAACAGGAGUUCCUCGACUCGAGCGGCACUUGGGUCGACGUCAACGAAACGCUGGCGCUCGAACAGGCUGAGGCUGCCGCUGCCCUCCGCGCAACGGAGACUCCGCCGAAGGAAACUCUGCAGGAGCAAACCGUGGGAAGGGAGACGGCAGGGCCGCGAGGGGCGGCAGGCGUCGCAGAAGGCUGGGAAGGUGCGUUAGGCUUCCCCAAAGGACGAGGCAGAUUUCUUCCCGCGGGAUGUCUCGACUUGUUCAAAGCUGCUGAAAUCAGCUACGACCUGUCAACCAGUGACGAUGUUGUCGCCUACUUCGAUCCAGCCGUCCGCGGCGGAACUUGGAAACGCCUGUUCUUCCCUUCCUCCUCUUCGUCUCUCUCCUCUUCUCUCUCUCUUCCUUCUCCUUCUUCUCCUUCUUCUUCUUCUGAAGGGAUGGCCUCCGUCGGUGAGCAGACGCAGGAGGGCGAAGAGACUUUUUCUUUGACGAAUUUGCCGCCGUCUCCGGCGCCGGCCUGCGAGACGGCUGAAGGCGUGCGACCCUUCGGGCCUCUGCGGAACGAAGAAAUUCGUCAGUUGAUCAAUCUCUUGAAUUCGUUUGCUCGAGUCGUCGCAGCAGAGCUCCUCCCUCUGGACGACAGAGACAUCGCAGGGGAACUCGCUGAGACGUUCCCCGCCUGGGCCGCGAGGCAGGCGCAUCUGGACGGACAGAAGGCCUCAAAAAGCCUCCCGAAAGGCGCCGCAAAAGGCUCUUCGAGUGCCCUGGGCGACGCAGACGGCGACGCGGCCUCACCCUCGGACUUCGAGCACGACGUCGUGGACUGGACGAACGUGAGGAAAGUAUGCGCCGCGAUGGUCAACGCAGGCGUCGACACUGGCGCUGCUCAAGUCGACAACCCCGUCUUUCUUCUCUUUACACGAGCUAUCACGGAACUCAUCGCGCGACAGGAGCAGAUGACCGCCCAAGGCAUCACCAGCUUCAUGAAUGCGUACAGCAAAGUUCGCCUCAAAGGCCACGGACGCUUCUUCUUCCAGCUGAAGCCGCGAAUUCUCAAGUUGCUUCCCGAGUUCGCUUCUCAUCAAAUAAGCAUGGCCCUGAAUGCUUUCUCCUAUUUCCGGUUCGACGACAAAGAAGUCGUUCGGGGCCUCGUCAACGAGUUCAUGCAUCGUCGCCACCAAGGAGCUUCAAGCAUUGCUGUCUCAAGUGUGAUCCUCUCCAUGGCGGCUCUUGGAAUGAGAGAGGAGUCUGUGAUUCGGGCAAUGACCCAGGGAAACUGGAUCACGAAUUCGCUGUUCUUCAACAGUCUCUCAACUCAAGGGUUGACGACUCUUCUCUUCUCGCUGGUCUGCCAAGACGCCGUCUACGAAGCUGCGACAGGCUCGGCAGACUUGCUGAACAAGAUUUUGAUGCGGCUCCACGAGUCUGCGCUCAAGCGCCAUGGUGAGGCGAUGCUGGUGACUUGCGCGCGAGCUCUUUUCCCUUGCUCGUUCUUGACCGUUUCGGAUCACCUUCGCGCCGUGGAAGAAGCGCGCAAACACCGCCUGACAGGCGUCGACAUGAGUUCGUACAUUCGUCCUGAAUUCGAGAAAAAGUGGAUUUCCACGGGAACACAACGCGACGGCGGACGCACCCUCGCGUGGGCAGUGAGGCCGCCUCCAGAGAUCCUCCACUCGCCUCCCGAGCAGUGGUCGACAGGCUUGAAGUUCUUGGCAGAUCAACUGUUCUACAAAGGUCGGGCCAACAUGCGCGCGAAGAUUGUCCCUUCUGGUCUCCACUUCCAGGUGGCGGCGGUUGCGCAUCUUCUGGGGUACCGCGUCUUGAACGAAAUUUCAGUUUUUCCGUACUCCAUCGAUAUCGUUGUGUUGCCGGAUGUGGUGACAAGCGAAUCACGAAUUCCGCGCACAGUCGAGAAGGCCGAUUCUCAGAGACGUGGAAAAAAGGAGGCUUUCGAUGCUUCUCCAGGCCUCUUCGACAUGCAGCAGACCGACGAACUCCGGCGACUUGCAACAGAAGGCGUCCAGAGCGACGGUGCGUUAACGCGAAUGAGCAAGGUGAUGUCGUUCCGCUACGGAGGCUACGGCAGGCCUCAGUCUUGAGUUUCUGCUUUGCGUUUCAAGUAGCAAAGACCGCAAGACUUCGCAAAGGGCGUCUCUGGGAAGAGCCUUAUUUCUCGGAGAAACUGCUCUCUGGACACCCAGCAGUCAGCGGGAGAUGAAAAAAAGUUGGGGAUGACUGUCGCUCAGUCUCUCGCCUUCUCUGGGUGUUGCGUUUGAGUUUGGGGCGUCAAGAGAAAGCAGAACGUUCGCGCUCUUUCAGACGCAAAGCUGAUCGGUUGUUCUCCUUCUUUUUCAGUUCAGAGAGGUCCACAUUCACGCGUUCUUCCUUUCUCUCCGGACUUCUCCUUUUUUCUCUCUCCGCUUCCCACUGUGGGCGCGGGCGCCGGUGUCGGCACGUUCGCCUUCGCCGACAGGGCAGGGUGGCGAGAUUUCGUUCCCCUUCCGCUGGUGGCCGUUCGUUUUUUUUAAGUUCCUUUUCUCUUUGUCUUCCUGUCUCUUCGUUUCGUCCGUUCUUCUGGACUUGCAGACGGCCUGAGGCCUUUCUCCUUCGUGGACUCUGCCCUCGACUGUGUACUGUGCCUCUCGGGACAUCGCGCUUUCGUUUCUUCUCUCGUUUCUUCUUUCGUUUCGGCUUUUGAGAGCCGCUGGCGGUCAUGUUCGCGGAGGGUCUUUGGACUUCUGCCGCAGUUGCCUUGCAAAGCUUUUUUUCUCCAACUCUUGUGUUUGUCUGGCCCUCCGACACCCGCUGCCGCGAGUCUUCCUGGAGACCAGCCUCAGUCGAAAUGUGCUCCAGACGAGAACCGUGUAGAGCGGAAUCGAUCCCCGCAGCCGCGCAUGGCUUUUCCGGGUGGCCACCGUGUUUUUGGGUCGCCAAAAAAACGAA